AUGGAGCUACCAUUACCAUCUGCGAGAGCUGAUUCUCUCGUCAGUGCACUGGAGCAGUAUGGCCAAGGUGAUUAUAUUGGCGAGUCAAUUAGCCAGCUUGAACACUGUUUACAGGCAGCUCACCAGGCCCAGAAAUCUGGUGCUGGUGAUGAGCUGGUGAUCGCAGCGUUACUGCAUGACAUUGGCCAGAUCAUUCCUUUGAAUUCCACCAACGAGGUCCGCAUGAACCUCCGCGGAAGCACAGAGAAUGUCGGCCGUGUAGGCCACGAAGCUAUUGGCGCCGCCUACCUUAAAUCCCUGGGAUUCAGUCAAAAAGUCUGCAAGCUUGUGAAUAGUCAUGUUGCUGCGAAAAGAUACCUUACAGCAGUGGAUCGCUCAUACUACGACUCCUUGUCUUCCGCCUCAAAAAGGUCUUUGGCCUUUCAAGGAGGUCCGUUCCAAGGGAUUGAGUUUCAGGAGUUCGAACAAGAUCCGCUGCGGGAAGCAAUGGUCUCUCUCCGACUUUGGGACGAUGCGGCUAAGCUGGAGGGCGUGGAAUCAACUACCCCACGCGCACGAACUUAUCUGGACAUGAUUACGGCUCAUCUGACUCAAGGUCAGAUUUUCUAG